AUGGAUAGAGAUCCAAUAGAAAGAACAUUAAGUGAUUCAUCAGAUCAAGUAAUGAAAAAUUCAGAAGUUAGUUCAGAUUCAUCCUCGAGAGGAGGUGAUCUAUCAUCAGAGUCAUCAGAUAAUAAAUAUACAAAUAAUAGUAAUGAAAACACUGGAAGUGCCAAUUCCAACGAUAAUGAUGUCGAAAGUAACCCCAACAAAAAAGUUCAAUCUGGGUUCUUAUCUAGUUCAUUGUUUUAUUUUAAAAUAUCCCUAUGGUUUUUGGGGUAUAGUGUAAUAUCUGGAGCUACAACAGCUUUACUUAUACCAUUUCAAGUCCAGACAAUACAUCCCGAAAGACAUGAAUAUUGGAAUGGUGUUGUACCAAUUGCUGGAAUGUUUGUCAAUUUAAUAUCAACUCCUGUAUUUGGUUACUUGAGUGAUCGUACCAAAACUCCAUUUGGUAAAAGAAGACCUUAUAUCUUGUUUGGAACCAUAAUAAUGUUAAUAUUUUUAGCAUUGAUGGCACGGUUUAACAAACAAGGUGACUCUAUUGGAGCAUAUAUUGUUAUUUUGAUGGCUUACAACUUUGGCUAUGGCAUUGCUGGAGGUGCAUUCUCUGGAAUCAUCCCAGAUAUCGUACAUGUCAGUCAAGCAGGUAUUGCCAGUGGUUGGUUAGGUGUUACCUGGUCCAUUGGAAUGUUGACAGGAUCAUUGAUGAGUGGUCACUUCCUCUUAAACUAUCCAACCUUGUGGCCAUUGAUUGGUACUUUGAUCGCUAUUUUAGGUGCAACCUCUUUGGCAGCAGUCAUUCUCCUCUGGGAAGAUAGCUAUGACGAGUGGUCAUACUCUGGAUCAUUCAAAGAAUUCUUCUCGUCUCUUUAUCUUCCAUCUGCCAUCUACUAUGACUUUUACUGGGUACUCAUCACACGUUUCUUCAAUACGAUGGGAGUAAAUAUGAUCCUUCAAUUCAUUCUCUAUUUCUCCAACCAAGUUCUCCUUCGUCCAUCGCCACUUGAAACAUCGAUUGCUCUCACAGUUAUCAUUGUCUUUAGUAUUCCAGCAUCUAUUGUUGGUGGAUACCUUGCCGACUUUUUCAAUACCAAGUUGUUGGUAUACAUCUCUAGCUCAAUCCAAGUCGUCGCCAUUGCUCUCUUGAUUGCAGUUUGUUUCUCGCCAAGCUACGCAGGGUUCCUCACAUUGGCAGGUCUAUUGGGUGUCGGUUAUGGAUGUUACCAAUGUGUCGAUUGGGCAUUGGCUCUCCAUUCACUUCCCAACAGAACCAUCGGCAAGGAUAUGGGUAUUUGGCAUUUAUCCUUUAUUGCACCUGCAGUUAUUGCACCAUUCAUCUCUGGUAACAUUCUGGAUAGAGUGAUCCCAACACAUGGUUAUCCAACUGCCUAUGCAGUAGUAUUCGGAGUAGCCACUCUAUGGUUUAUCUUGGCAACAGUCUUUAUUUUCCCAAUGAAAGUUCACACCUUUGGUCGACGUAAACAACAAAGAAUGAUGGAACAACAACAAAAAGAAAAAGAAAAACAAUUAAACAACCAACAUUCUCCAGCCACCGCUGCCACUACUACUGCCACUGCAACGUCAACCUCUCCAUCUGAUGGAGCUGUAUAA